CCUUCAUUCGUCAGUUUUGACAAGAUCAUAGCCAAGGAAAUCCCUUCAUUCAUAGUGUAUGUAGACGAAAAGGUCCUGGCAUUCCGGGACAUCAGUCCUCAAGCUCUUGUUCAUGUCCUAAUUAUUCCAAAGAUAGGGGAUGGGCUGACAGAGCUUGGCACAGUAAGCUUUCGCCAAAACGCACUCUGCCAACUUCUCUCUAUUCUGCCAAAAAUAGUUGCAGAGAAAAAAGGUAUAGUUGAUGAGUUUCGGGUGGUUAUCGACAGUGGCCCUACUGCCUCGGUCAAUCUGUUUAAUCUCCACCUGCAUGUCCUGGGAGGAAGACAGAUGAAGUGGCCUCCUGGUUAG